UCUUCUGCCUCUCUCUAAUGGGCGCUGACUAUCCCUCCUUCCUCUCUGAAGCUCACCGCGUGUUGCAGCCAGGGGGUUCUUUAAUAAUAGCCGAGGUCAGGAGCCGGUUCGACCCAACGACAGGGGGCGCGGAGCUGAAGGACUUUGUUGGUGCACUCAAGCAACUAGGGUUCCGCCUUGUCUCCAAGGAUUUGAGCAACAAAAUGUUUCUUCUUCUUUUCCUUGAGAAGGUGCAGGCAGAGGUGAGUGACAGCAUGGUAGGCAAAGCUUUGCAGCCACUUUUUCCUCAUCAUCGCACGAUGCCUCCUAAGGGGAAGUCUAAGGUCCUGCCGGAAGCUCUGCCGCUGGAUGCUUCCGCCUCGUCCGUGGAUGAUUCAACUUCUGUGCCUGCUCCGGCUUCGUCUGAUCCUGCUGACAAGGGCAAAGGCAAGGUGGACGACCCAAGCAAUGAGACUCUUCCAGAGGCUACUGCAAGUGGAUCUGGUCUCUCGCUGGAAGAGAAGCUGCAGUCUCUCCGUGUCCCUGCUCCUGACAGUGGUUUUCUUGAAGAUGACUACGAUGAAGAGCUUGAAGUGAGCGUCAAGACGGAAGUCUUCAACCGCGUCCGUUACAUGGCGAUUCUGCUGCUCCCCGAGGCUCUCGCUCUGGAAGUCGCGUCGGUCAUCACCACGGUGCGGACCCUGAUGAAGAGGGUUUGGACUUCCUCGUUAUCUGACGCUGCGUCUCUUCCGGCCUCCCCGCUGAUCACCCCGAUCUUGUUGGACCCGGCCAUGGUGCUCAUCUCCACCGGCGGAAAUCGGGAGGAAUGGAUCUGCACGCAAGUGGGCUGUGGGAAGGCGAAGGGAAAGAGCUUCAUGACUGCAGCAGAUCAUGUCACUUCCGCCAACCACCUCAUUCAUCUGGAGAAGCUCGGCUCUGCCACUCGUGCCUCUCUCGAGCGGGCGAGCCUCAACGUCACGAAGAAGGAUUAUGGGAUCUGA